AUGGGCUACAGUGACCUCGAUUGGAAGGCCAUCAACACGGUCCGGCUGCUUGCGGUCGAUGCCACUCUCAAGGCGAACAGCGGCCAUCCGGGAGCUCCCAUGGGGCUUGCUCCUGCGGCACAUGUCCUGUGGAACAAAUUCAUGACCUUCAAUCCCAAGAACCCCCUGUUCAUCAACCGAGAUCGAUUCGUCCUAUCGAAUGGACACGCUUGCAUGCUCCAAUAUGCUCUCCUUCACUUGUUCGGCUACGGCGUCUCAAUGGACGAUCUCAAGCACUUCCGGCAAAUCGACAGCAUCACCCCGGGCCAUCCUGAGACUCAUGACACACCCGGAAUCGAGGUUACAACCGGCCCUCUAGGCCAGGGAUUUGCCAACUCAGUGGGAUUGGCCAUUGCCCAGGCCCACACCGCCGCCGUCUUCAACAAGCCAGGCUAUGAGCUUAUCAACAACUACACAUACUGCAUCUUCGGCGAUGGCUGCGCCAUGGAGGGUAUUGCAAGCGAGGCUGCUUCCACUGCUGGCCAUCUUCAACUGGGCAACUUGAUCUGCCUUUACGAUGACAACCACAUUUCCAUUGAUGGUGACACCAAGUGCGCCUUCACCGAGGAUGUCUCAAAGCGAUUCGAAGCCUAUGGCUGGCACGUGCAGCACGUCAAGGAUGGUGAUCACGACCUCGCCGCCAUUGAAGAAGCCAUCGCCAAAGCUAAAGAGGUCAAGGACAAGCCAUCCAUGAUCAAGGUUACGACCACCAUUGGCUUUGGUUCCAAACUCCAAGGCACUGGCGGCGUGCAUGGCAACCCUCUCAAGGCCGACGAUGCCAAGCAGGUCAAGGCCAAGUUCGGCUUCAACCCUGAAGAGUCGUUCGUUGUGCCACAGGAAGUCUACGAUCUCUACCACAAGCAUGCAGCCGAGGGCGCCGCUGCUGAGGAAGCCUGGAACAGCCUGUUCAAGAAGUACAGCAGCGAGUACAAGGAGCUGGCUGAUGAGUUGACUCGGCGCCUCUCCAGGAAGCUGCCCGAAGGCUGGGAGAAGAAGCUGCCUGUGUACAAGCCAACCGAUCCUGCAGAAGCUUCCCGAAAGCUUUCAGAGAAGGUCUUGGAGGAUAUCCACGAAGCCAUCCCUGAACUCCUGUCAGGUUCUGCUGAUCUGACAGGAAGCAACAACACCCGAUGGAAGAACGCCGUAGAUUUCCAGCCCCCCUCGCUCGGGAUUGGUGACUGGUCCGGACGAUACCUUCGUUAUGGUGUCCGGGAACACGGUAUGGCCGGUAUCAUGAACGGUAUCUCCGCCUACGGCACUCUGAUCCCCGCCGGAGGCACGUUCUUGAACUUUGUGUCAUACGCCGCCGGUUCCGUGCGUCUCUCGGCCCUUUCGCACCAGCGUGUCAUCUACAUUGCCACCCAUGACUCGAUCGGUCUUGGUGAGGAUGGUCCAACCCAUCAGCCAAUUGAGACUCUGGCUCACUUCCGAGCACUCCCCAAUAUUAUGGUUUGGCGACCUGCAGAUGGCAAUGAGACCUCUGCGGCAUAUUACAUGGCGCUUACAUCGACAUCGACGCCCUCGAUCCUGGCAUUGACCCGACAGAACCUGCCUCAACUCGAGAACUCUACCAUCGAAAAGGCAAUCAAGGGAGGCUACGUUGCCUAUGAGGUUGAGAAUGCUGACGUCACGUUGGUGUCUACGGGAUCAGAAGUUGGGCUUUGCAUUGAGUCCGUCAAGGAGCUCAAGGACAAGCAUGGAAUCACUGCUCGAGUUGUCUCCAUGCCCUGCACGGAGGUCUUCGAUGCUCAGCCAAAGGAGUACCAGCUUCAGGUGCUCCCAGACGGCAUUCCAGCCAUGUCUGUUGAGGUUAUGUCUACCCUUGGCUGGGAGAAAUACUCCCACGAGCAAUUCGGUCUGAACCGCUUUGGUGCAUCCGGCCCGUACAAGGAUGUCUACAAGAAAUUCGAAUUCACUCCGGAGGGCAUCUCCAAGCGUGCCAAAGCCACAGUCGAGUUUUACAAGGGCUUGAAGCCUCGCUCGCCGGUCAACCGCGCGUUCCAGCAACUCAUCUAA